CCAUGUUCAGACUGGAACAGAACCACCGCGAAAUUUAAUCACAGAAAAAUGCGUAACUUGGCCUGAAAUCGUCGGCGAACAUUAAGAAUAUCAAUGAUAUAGGAUCAAACAUGAGACCUUAAGCAGCAAUGAUAUUCUGCUAUCAAGCACGUCUGGAGUUCCUGUGCUUUAGCAUUAUUGCACUCCUGUGUACUUACAAAGUUGGUGCAUCCAAUGACAACGUGAGGUCUAGAAUAUUUAAACGCACACCUGUAGAAAGUGCCUUAAUUGGUCACGUGAUAAAGAAAACUCAUGCAGCUAACGACAUUGAAUGCCUGAUACAUUGCAACAACAAUGAACUGUGUCUGUCAUACAAUUAUAAGAACACUGGCGUCGGGCUUCCUGUGUGCCAAUUGAGCGACGAGACCAAAGAGACUAAGCCUAGUGAUCUCAUUGAAAUCGAUGACUUCUAUUAUUAUGGACCUAUAAAGUCUCCAUGCCUGGACGGAAAUCCUUGCCAAAAUGGCGGGACUUGUCAAGCGGAGAUGAACCAUCCAACCUUGAGACAUCGCUGUGUUUGUGCUGCAGGCUUCAAUGGACUAAACUGUGAUUCACUAGUCACAGAUCCAAAAUCCAACUUUGACUUCAUAUUCCCAAGAAGAGACUCUAAAGAUUACGUGAAGCUCCAGAAAAUGCCUUCUCUUACGAACUUUACGAUCAGUUUUACCGUCAAUUUGACGUUAAAUGGAGACGGGACGUUUAUAUCUUAUGCAACGAGAACAUAUUCCAAUGCAAUAUUUUUUCAUCAGCGACAUUCAAAGUGGUAUCUAUGGAUACUAAACAAAUACAUGCACCUCAAAGACAAAUCUGGAGCUUUUGUUCCUACACUGAAAGCUGACGGACACUGGCAUCACGUGGUUGUCACGUGGGAAAGUCAUAAUGGCAAAACUCAAUUAUACAUCGAUGGAAAGUUGAAUCAUACCGGUACUGGUUUUAAAACAGGUGUCACAAUAGGUGGAAAUGGUUUAUUUGUUCUCGGUAAUGAUCAGGAUGGCUAUGGCACUGGUUAUAAGAGCACAGACGCCUUAGUUGGACACAUUUCACGCGUUAACGUGUGGGAUAAAGUCUUAUCUGCAGAGGUUAUUACGACGCUUCUGCGCAGUUGUGGUAAUGAGGUUGGCACAGCCGUUGCUUGGAAUGAUUUUAGGAAGGCUACCACACAUGGCUUGGCAAAUUUAAAUGAGCCAUCGCAAUGUACUUAAUUAAUGUACGUUUUAUACUCAAGAUAAAUAGAAAAAUUGCACUAACAGAAGAUGGAAUUCGCGAGACGAAAGAAAGAGUAGCCAUCAAAGGCGUCUCCAAAAGUAGACAAUCUACAGCGACGGCAUUUUGCACGGGAAAGCAUGAUGGUAGCUUUAGUUAUCGUUCCAAAACAGUAAUCCUUCUUAAAAUGUUUCUAAGCCAAAAUAGAUGUUGUUUUGCCGUUUCUAAAAAUAAAGCAUAUAAAAGGCUUUGAAUAAGAUAUUUCAGGGUCUAUAAAAAGUUUGGGGCAUAAGACUACAUAAUCCUUUGCUGCAAAAAAUGGCGACAUCCCUGCACAUUGUCUAUAAGCGUGGUUGAAGGUGCUUUGCUUCGUUCUUCGUGGCUCCGCGUGUCAUUGUAGCGAUUGUAUAAUAGAUGUUAUAAUAAUAUAUAAAUAUAAUAACUGGGUGAUUGAUUUGCGACCAGGCCUGCAUAUGAAUUCGCCAAGGUUGUAAGCCAGUGAGCCCGUGCAUUUUUGUU